AUGUCUGAAGUUCAAAUUUUGUCACCUCAACUACUACAACUUAGAACUACUGCAGGAGCAUGUACCGAAAAAUUUUCCUCACUUCCAAACGACUUAGAUGCAAUGUCAUCAAAUCAGGCUUACAAAAUUUCUAAAAUACAGUCUUCAGCUAGCUCAACGCCAAUAAUUACUUCUUCAACAGAAUCAAAAGAACAAUUUAUGGAACAAUUUAUCAUGUUCUCCCAUCAGCAAUCCACUUCAUCUUCAUCAUACGAAAUGGAACAAGUUGUUCCAAUCCUUCCCAACGAUAAAGGUUCUCGAACGGAACUCGAUCAUAUACCUAACGAAUCCAACGCAAACAUGAAUACGGAUACCGUUAACCCGCAUUCAUUGAAUUAUGAUGAGAAUCAAUUAUCAUUAGAACGACAGAACCAAAUUUAUUUGGUCCCAUCACAGUACGAUUAUGAUGGUAUAAAGUACAUCAUAGACCAAACGAUGUUUUAUAGUGACAUGAUAGUUCCUUCAUAUUUUAGCAACAUGUAUGAUGUUGCUCAUCAGGAUGAUGUGAUAAACGUUGGGAUUGAUGCCGAUGAAUUCUUUACAUUUACGUAA